UCGAACAUCAUUUUACCAAACCAACACUCCCUACGACCUUUGCAGCUCUGCAUUCAAAUCGAAUGAAACGGAAACCCAUAUCAAAAUUUCUUUAAUUUUUGCUGCCUAAUGCCGAUGAUCUCUCCGUCUCGUCACCAACAACCAUAUAGUGAGAUAUCGUAGCGCGAGGAGCGCAGGGCGUGUGAUGUUUCGUUACUUCAAAUGGCGUGCUUGAGUUGCGUAGUAACAUUACCCAAGGGCUGUUUGAGAUGAGACGAUAUGGAUUCUAGAAGAGGCGAUAGAGACGUUGAUUUGGAGAGUGGGGGAUUGGUUCGAGAGAAUAAUGAAAGUGAAAUUCAAGAGGUGAGAUUGUUGCACAGAUCUUGGAGUGGAGGGUUGUUGGGAGAGCCGAUAGUUUCACAUCAAGACGGUUUGCAUUCGAAUGAGAAGGCUACGAGUGCAGAUGACAUUUCGGUUAAGAAUAGUGCAGAAAUAACCGAGAUUCACUCGACUAAAUUGAAGGACAAUAAGGGAACCCCCCGAGGGAAGAAAUCAAGUAAAGAGAAGUUAAAGAAGCCAAAGCCGCCUUCAAAGCCGCCUAGACCUCCCAAAGGUCCCUCGUUGGAUCCCGCUGACAUUAAACUCGUUAAGGAAAUCUCGGAGAUGACAGUACGGAAGCAUAAAAGGAUGGAGCGCCUUAGGUCGUUGAAGAAAAUGAAGGACAGGACGCCGUCAUCAAAAACUAACAUCGUAGCAAUGGGGAUCACGAUUCUGUUCUUCUUCAUAAUUAUAUUUCACGUUAUAAAUUGUUGAUUGAAGUAAGAAUGGCCUGCACUAACAGCAGGGAUAUGUUUUUCAGUUACUUUGCCCAUCUGAAUAUCCAUUCUCAUAAGCAUUGGACCAUAACUUAUGGAUUGAGCAGAAAGGUAUGGUUUUUAAUUUUCAGGUGUCUGCCUUUUCAUAGAUGAUGCCUCUUCCGUCUCUCCAAAUACAUCUAUUGAACCAGUGAGCUAAGCCCUAACGAACAAUCCUCCAUCGAGCUUGUUGGAGAUAGGAUUCUCGAAGGAACAAGGAUGGAAAAUUUUAGGAAUUAGCAAAUACUACUUCCAUGUACAAAUGUCACUUUGUAGAAUUUGUAGGUUUUAAACCAUUUGGAGUGAGUGUAGACUGACUUUUAGCCAGCCUGCAUAGGAAUCAGUUUGAAAC